AUGGCACUGCUCAUUUGCUUCUCCAUUUGUUGCAUUGCGAUGUUUGAAGCCAUGCGGCUGUCGACGCAUGUUCUCAGUAGCCCAUGCACCAUUACCAGAUCGGAGAUGACUGACGUGGGCACCUGCACUCUUUGUGACAGCCAGACGCCUUCUACCUGUCAGGUGCAUCCCAUCACCACGGCGCGGCUCUCUGUGAACUUCAAGCAUCGCCACCUGGACGAGAACAUCACCGGCACCGUGUGGUGCGCUCCGUCGCUGUUGGUGUGGGCCUCGCACCUUCUGGGCUGGGUGUCAUUCCCGUAUUGUGGGCCGACGGCAGAGCCAUGUCCAACAGACACCAUCAAACUGGACCCCAAGGACUUCGUCAAGAACCAGCCGGCUGCGGCCAACUUUGCCAAAGAUUCAGAGACCUUCAGCUGUCUGCCUUCUGUUUCUGCUGCCGCACUGGCCCUGGAGGAAGUUCGUCUUCGGCCUUUGAAUUGUGCUGAGCCAUCAUCUCCGGAAGGAGCUGCGGCUUCGCAGCUUCGAGAUGUGGAGCCGGAGCAGGAGGAGCUGUUUCUUGAUGACGAUGCCGAGUCUCAGCGCAGCCCCAGCGCUUCCUUGGCGCAAUUCCUCAGCCGCAAGAGCGAGGACAUGAGCCGGAGCUACAGCGGCGGAGUCUACGGCAACUCGCCAUGCGCGAUCUCUCCGGUCACAUAUCCAGCUACCGUGGACCCCUCGCUGGUGAGAGACGAAGGUUACGAGGUGGCCGAAGAGGAGAUGCAGGGAGAGGACAUGGAAGAAGCAUUCCUUGUGACGGACCAGGAUGUUGUUGAAGAGUCCUUCCCUUCCCGUGAGCCUGAUCCGCGAAGCCGCACAAUGCCCGCAGACUUCAGAUUCCAGGCCUUUGACAUGGACUACAAGGAAGCUCCCCCGCCUGGCGAUGUCAUCGUGGAUGAUGCGCUGGCAGUCGAAGAGCCGGAUGAACUGGAGGAUGAGGCUGCAUUGGCACUGGCCAACUCGCACUUGCAGCACAUCGAGGCAGAGCUUCGCUCCCAUCGGGAUGUGAUCUCGCGCGAGGUCGAGGCCCGGCGGCGCCUGGAAGACGCCUUGCUCGCUGAGCGCCGGCGUGCGGAGGUGGAAGCGCAGGGCCGGAGGAAGUUGCAGCAAGAGAUCGAAGCUGGGAAGCGGCGCAUUGAAGAUGAGCGCCGUCUGAAGAUGGAGGCAGAGGAGAUGGCGGUCCGGCUGGAGGAGCAGAGGCGCUUGGAGGAAGAGCUGGAUGCCGCGAGAAGGCGUGCUGAGGAAGAGGCCAGGCUGGUCGCCCAGAGGUGUGAGGAACAGCGGCGCCAAGCCGAGAAGAAGCGGCAGCUCCAGGAGAUGGAGCAGAAAGCGCGGGAGUCUGCCGCCCAGGCAAAGAAGGAGCGUGAAAGCCGAGAAAGGGCCAAGGCAUUUUUGGCAGCGGAAGGUUAUCGGCAUGUGCGCGCAGCACACAAGUGGAAUCCAGUCGCUACCUACCCUCUACAUCGAGCUGUGCAGUGCAAUGACGCUGAAAUAGCGAGGCUUCUCUUGUGGAUGGGCGCGGACCCGGCGAAAUCCAAUACUUUUGGGCAGACCCCAGCGGGUCUGGCGAGGUGGUUGAACAGACGGGAUUCCCACGCAGAGGUCAUCGAAGCUUUGGAAGCCAAAGCAGGUGAUUAG